GCAACAGGUUAAUUGCAUAAUAAUCUGCAAGUUAGUGAUAGAUUAACUAUUCGAAUUUCGUAUCAACUCUCGAUUAUCAGUUUCAAUCUCCCUUCUCAUGCGCCUCAUUCAAGGUAGAUCGAGUCUGCGCUCUGCCAUUGCCGUCCGAGACUAUGCGACUAGCUCACCAAAGGGUCGGCUAGGCGCAGCUCUGAGUUUGGACCAUUUCCUCUUACGUUCACGCGCCCUAUCCCUCUAUCGUAGUAUAAUCCGCGGUACGAGGCAAAUUGGUGACCCGACUACUCGCGCCGAGACACGCAAUUUUGCACGCGGAGAGUUCGAGCGGCAUCGCAAUGUCACGGAUAUAAAUCAUAUACGCUAUCUCUUAUCGACCGGCAAGACGGAAUGGGAGGGCAUGGAGAGGUAUAUUGGGGGCAUGUAACGUCAUAAUACAUAUGUGUGUUUAUGGCAGCCUUCCUGUUAUAUAGACACCAAAGGUCAUGGCUGGCGUUGACCAUCCUAGGUUCCGAUCCGGCGCCGGCUUUAUAACGGUAUACUCCCUAGUCCAUCUAGUACAUUGUAUCGUACAUACCGCGAGUCGCCAAUAAUAAGCGCAAAAUUCAGAACACCCCGAAGUAAUACCUUUAUCGGCCCAUUUA